AUGGCACUCUGUGCUGACUCUCGUUGGGACGCAGGCAUUGGCAUAACAGAUGCACUAAAGCUUGUGAAGCUAUGUAUCAGUGCGAUGAGGUUUGGUGACUAUCAGCACAGCUAUCCUCGUUUUGGGGGUUCACUUGAUCAGUACAAUGCCAGGUGCAGCAGAAUCGCAGAUCAACUCCGCCAGGCGGGCCACUAUCGAACCGCGUACACCGGUCUACCGCUUUCAGACACUAUAAUGAAUAUCAAAGAGACGGUUACGGCUCAACUCGAAGGCAUUAGAUCGACUGGGCUUACAGCCUUGGACAACGCCCUCAUGAGGCUAGAGGAGGAAAUGAGGAUACAAGGUCUGGCCAUGCCGGAGUACUGGAUUACUAGGAAAUAUUCCUGCGAAUAUGUGUACUGGAAAUGGGACGACUAUCGUAAAGACUACUUCUAUUGGAAUACACAGGGAUAUUUUGAGUAUUACAAAGGUGGCAAGGUUAAUCAGGACGGAACACCAUACGUAUGGCGAGACAGGACUAAGCCAGGCAAACAACGUGAAAGAAAAUGGCGGAGAAGGAGAAAACAACGACACUGUAGCUGGAAGUUCGGCGGAGUGAUCGUACGCUGA